AGAGGAGGACGGAGUCGCGCGCGCCCAGUCAGCAGCAGCAGCCCUUAGCAGCCAAGCGGCGAGCAGGGAGCCAGACGAGCUGGUGCCGCGGUGGAAGCUGCAGCUGGGACCUGUGGGGAGGGGGUGCCGCGCCCCCUCCGGACAGCGCCAGAGACACUCCCCCCGGGGCAGUAUGAGGGCGGCGGUGCGGCUGUGGCUGUGAUCCUCGCCGCAGAGGGGCAGCCCCGUCCCCGGCUCCUUCGCUGCGGCCGCCCCCAGCCCCCGUUAGAGCGGUGCCCCGGGAGCUAUGAGCCAUGAAGCCUCCUGGCAGCAGCGCCCUGCGGCAGCCCCUCUCCGGCCGCAGCCUCCCCGAAGCCGCCUCCUGCCUGAGGCUCCGGCCGCCCAGCCGCCUCCAACUGCUGCUGGGGCUGCUGCUCCUCUCCGGCCCCGCCUGGCCCCAGCCCUGGGGGGCUGCUGCAGCCACCGCUCUGCAUUGGAAUGAAACUGCAGGAGUAAUAGCAGGAGCACUGGCAGAUAAAGAGAAUACAUUUCUACAGAGUAACAGCAGUAGCAGUAAGAAUAACAACCAGAGCAAUGAAAUCCAGAAAGAAAUCACACUGCCUUCAAGACUGGUCUAUUAUAUCAACAGAGACUCUGAAAGCCCUUACCAUAUCCUGGACACUAGAGCAAGACACCAGCAGAAACACAACAAGGCUGUGCAUCUGGCUCAGGCAAGUUUCCAGAUUGAGGCCUUCGGCUCCAAAUUCAUCCUUGACCUCACAUUGAAUAAUGAUUUGUUAUCCUCUGAUUAUGUGGAGAUUCACUAUGAAGAUGGAAAACCACAAUUUUCUAAGGGUGGAGAGCACUGUUACUAUCAUGGAAACAUCAGAGGUGUCCAAAACUCCAAAGCUGCCCUUUCAACAUGUAAUGGACUUAAUGGCAUGUUUGAAGAUAGCACCUAUGUGUACUUCAUAGAACCAAUGGAUCUGACCCACAGUGCAAAAAGCACAGGCAGGCCACACAUCAUCCAGAGGACUUUAGGAACACAAACCUCGAAGCAAAUGAAGAAUGUUGAGACCGAAUCUAGUUCUGAGUGGUCUUUCCUGUCUGAGUUACAGUGGCUCAGGAAAAGGAGAAGAAAGAGGGCCGUGAGUGCAUCUCGUGGUAUAUUUGAAGAGAUGAAAUAUCUGGAGCUCAUGAUUGUCAAUGACCAUAAAAUGUUCAAAAAACAUCGUUCUUCCCAGGCGUACACAAACAACUUUGCAAAAUCUGUGGUAAACCUUGUAGAUGCAAUAUACAAGGAACAGCUGAACACCAGGGUGGUUUUGGUUGCUGUGGAAACCUGGACAGACAGGGAUCGUAUUAAUAUUCGCCCUGACCCUCUGCAGAUGCUUCAUGACUUCUCCAAAUAUCGACAGUACUACAUCAAACAACAUACUGAUGCUGUACACCUGCUCUCGAAUGUGACAUUCCACUACAAGAGGAGCAGCUUGAGUUACUUUGGAGGGGUUUGUUCUGUGACCAGAGGAGUUGGAGUGAAUGAGUAUGCCCUCCCAUUGGCUAUGGCACAGGAAUUAUCACAAAGUUUGGCUCAGAACCUGGGAAUACAGUGGGAGCCAGCAACCAGAAAACCGAAAUGUGACUGCAUAGAAUCCUGGGGUGGCUGCAUCAUGGAGGAAACAGGGGUUUACCACUCCAGAAAAUUUUCAAGAUGCAGCAUUGCAGAAUACAAAGAAUUUUUACUCAGAGGGGGCGGUGCCUGUCUUUUCAACAGGCCAACAAAGUUGUUUGAAACUCCCGAAUGUGGAAAUGGAUAUGUAGAAGCAGGAGAAGAAUGCGAUUGUGGUUUCCGAAUGGAAUGCUAUGAAAACUGCUGUAAGAAGUGCUCUCUCUCUAAUGGAGCUCACUGUAGCGAUGGACCCUGCUGUAACACAUCCUGUCUUUUUUUCCCACGAGGCUAUGACUGUCGCUAUGCAGUGAAUGAGUGUGAUAUUACAGAGUACUGUACUGGCGACUCUGGUCAGUGCCCACCAAAUCUUCAUAAACAAGAUGGAUAUGUUUGUGAUUCUAAUCAGGGACGUUGCUAUAAUGGAGAAUGCAAGACAAGAGACAAUCAGUGCAAAUACAUUUGGGGAAUUAAGGCUACAGGAUCUGACAAAUUCUGUUAUGAGAAGCUUAAUACAGAAGGCACAAAAAAAGGAAACUGUGGAAAGGAUGGAGAUCAAUGGAUUCAGUGCAGUAAACAUGAUGUGUUCUGUGGCUUUUUGCUCUGCACUAAUCUUACUCGAGUUCCACGAAUUGGUCAUCUUCAGGGAGAAAUUACCCCAACCUCUUUUUACCAUCAGGGGCGUGUAGUGGAGUGCAGCGGUGCUCAUGUGCUUUUAGAUGACGAUACAGAUUUAGGAUAUGUGGAAGAUGGAGCUCCAUGUGGCCCUCACAUGAUGUGUGUAGACAGGAAGUGCCUACCAAUUCAGUCCUUGAACAUAAGCAGCUGCCCUAUUGGUUCUAAUGGAAAAGUCUGUUCAGAUCAUGGGGUGUGUAGUAAUGAAGCCACUUGCAUUUGUAAUUUCUCCUGGGCAGGAACAGACUGCAGUAUUGAUGACCCUAUUAGGGAUACUCCCAACAAGAAGGAUGAAGGACCUAAGGGUCCUAGUGCCACCAAUCUUAUAAUAGGUUCCAUCGCUGGUGCCAUCCUGGUAGCAGCUAUUGUCCUUGGGGGGACAGGAUGGGGCUUUAAGUUAUCAGGUGUUCACAUGCACAUACGGUACUGUGGUGUCAAGUCCAAAUCAAACAAAUGUCAAAAAGAGAAGGUACGAUCCAAAUCAGCAAGGUCCUAUCUGAAGAAACUUAACUGGAAAAGCUUCUUCUUGCACUACUGGAUUCUGGGUGUAAAGUCUUUGCUGUCACUGUGCAGGAACUCAAUCAAUAAAGAAGAACAUUAGAAAUGGUAAUGACUAAAGUUGAGUUGCUGGGGAUGGAGUGAAGGAACACUGUCUUUUUUGGAGAUAAGUUCAAAUACUCCCUUCCUUUCAUCUUUCUCUUAAAAAAAAAAAAAAGACAGUGAUGGACAACUGUUUAUUUUUUUGUUUUGUUUUUUCAACGAAAGAAAGAAGGGGGCAAACCAACCAAGUGCAAUAAGAGAACUGUUUCAAAAUAGUAAAAUAGAAGAUUUUUUUCCCUAGCCUGCUGGCACUCUAACUUGAGUUCGCAUGACUUUUUUUUUCAUAUUAAAUGACAAACUCCAGUGGCAUGAGCAGCUAAUUUUGGAAAGGGUAAAUUGCAUGGCAUAUAUACAACAAACAAACAAGCUAGCAAGCCGACCCACGCAAGAUCUGCACCCAAAUCUAUACAGAGAAGAAAACAACAAAACACAGAACGCAGAGGUGGUGAUAUUAGGCUCUUCUUAUGAAAUCUUCUUCCACCAGUGCAGUGCAUUCUUUCUCUCUGGAGAGAAAGUUCCCUAUUCUGUGGAUUCAUUGUCCCUGUUCUUUUACCUCCUGGACUAAAAUUCCUUUGGGCAUGGGAGCUAUUGUUUUUGAGCAGUGAUAAUGUAUAUUUCUUCUAUAGAAAGAAAAAUGUAUAUAUGGAAAUAAGAGAUUGACAUAUCAUUUUCACGGAUCUUUAGUGAAGGAUUUCCUUAGAAAGAUUCUAUUCUCUAUGUAAAUCUAUUUUUGGUGGUUUAAUUUUGCUCCCCUUUUAAUCUUUCUAGCAUGUUGUAUAGCGGGUGUUCUGGGCUUGCUCAAAAAAGGCAGAUGUAGCAUGCAGAUCCAGGGAGUUCUGGCACCAAACAGGUGUGAUCUAAAGUUUGUAUGCUUGAAACCAAAAAACAAACCAUAUUAAAAUGUGUAAAUGCAUAUGUAUUUAAUAAGUCUCUUUUGAAUUACUUUUUUGGCUGUCAUGCAGAUUUUCUGUAUAUAAUGUAAGAAAAUUGACACCAUCUCAAAUUAAUCACGAAAGUGCCAAGUUCAUAGCUUUUUAAUUUUCACAACUAUUUUCCUCUGUCUAGCUUUUUCAAAUGAAAGGAAAACAAGCUUAAGUAAGCCUUAAAAUAUUCACAAAAUGCUGAAAGCUUGAAACAGGCUACGGCUUUCCCGUUUAGUCUCCAUUUUCCCACCCAUUCUCCUCUCUCCCUUCCUGGCAGGCUUGCAAAGAUGAUCCAAACAUCCAAGUUACUCUGAGUUUCCCUCUUUAGUACCUAUCACCUUUCAAAGUACAAUCUGGAUAGCUACUAUUUCUGCUAUGGAUGGUUAGUAUCACUCUUAGGGUUUGUUCAGAUUUCACUUCCGAGGGUUGGCACAUUAAUGCUAUUACUUGUAUGUUCACACAUGGGGCACAGUCCAGUCCACUGACAAAGUGGAAGGGCUCCCAUUAACUUAAACAGGCAUUGGACUUGGGCCUUGGUGAACUGAGCAAAUAAAAGCUUUAGAGCCUGUUCAUAAUUCUCCUUACUCUGAAUUACACUGGAAUUACCUCUUUUUGAUAUUAGUAUAAAUGAGAGGGAGUUAGUCCUAUAACUCAAACUCCAUUUAGGUCUUAUAUUUCAUUUUCCUAACUUUCAUUUUCCUUGUUCAAAUCUUGAGUCAGUUUCUGGAUUUAGCUUUAAAAUUAAUUGAUGGAAAUACUAGGAAAAAAUUAGUGUUGCAAUUAGUAUAAUUUUUUUUUGCUUUGUUCAAUAAAACAUUUUUGCCUCCAAACAUAUUUCAAACUCUGACAAUAUCCAAUCUGAAAGAGAAGUCUUUCCCAUGAAAACUAUAUUGUUUUGCAGUCAAGAUGGUUAUUUGUCAAAUGAUGUUUUAGAUAACGUGAUUUUGUUAAAUCUACCACUGUUAUUGCAUUAUGAGUAAGAGGUAGUCUGUGUUGAUAUAGAUCUACUCCAUAUUGUGAUAACAGGGCUAUUUACAGCAUUAUUUCAACAUUAUCCGACUUCAGAGCAAGAGUUUUGGUUGUAUUAAUGUUCAAUGACAAUGAAUACUUGUAAUUUUGAGGGGAACUCAAAGUACUUGUGUUGUAAUAUUGCCCACUGGUACUAUGUUGCUUAUUUCCACUUUGCUACUGCGUAUGGAAGGUAUAAUUACUCUCUGGCAGGUACUAAACUGCACAUUUUGGUUCUACUGCAGAAUCAAUGUGGUAACUACAGUAGAAAUGCCACUGUGGUUACAAAAUCAAUUAGGUGUCUAAUGUAACUACCUGUAUAAUAAAACUUUGAUGAUAAGCAUUUCACAAAUAACAUUGUAAAUGUGCGAUGUGAUGUUUUUAAUCAGACCACAGUGGUCCCCAAAUAUUAUGUACAUAUGGUAAGUGUUGGUGUAACUUUUUGUUACACCAGCAGUUUCAUAGGAAAUAUGAUUUCUUGACUGAAUUUACGCUCCACUGUUUAGCUGUGUGCGUGUAUGUGUAAAACACACAAGCAUUAUGCUCUGUAUGUACAGGAUGUAAAUGACAUCACAUAACUCACAAAAGUGGAUUCUAAUAAAUCUUUUCUGUGGUACUAGGGUUAUGUAGUCUUAACCAUUUAGCUAGAUAUUGUUGAUUUUCUAAGCCAUUCGUUUGCCACAUUUAGUAGAGUACACAUGCUACUUACGUUAAUUUAUCUUAACAAGUGUCAGAAUUUAAUAUUAAUAGAGUAAACGUUAAGCAAUGACGAGUCCCCAUUUCACCCACUAUAUUUUUGCUCCAUUAUAUGAUUCAUCUUGACAAGAAAAUGUCUGGUAAACUAUACAGCUCUUACUGGUAUGCUGCAUGAUCCCACUGAAUUGACCUAAUCCUUUUAUAAGAGAGCUCUGUGAGGCAAAUUAAAUAUACUGUAGGUGCAUGUUAAAAAAUAAAUUACAUAGAACUAGAGUUUUAUAAAGUUUUCUUUACUAUGCAAAGAUGGGUAUUGCACAAACAAAAUUUAAAGACAAAUGUCUGAGGAACUUUACAAAAUAAUACUUGAAUUUAUUUUUGUUUGAAGGCCUAUCAACCAUGUUUUAUAUUCAUUGUUGCUUCCACUAUUAAUCUUCCUUUUUAAAAUGAUUUGUAAAUAUUUUUUAAGUGCACAAUAUGAUGUUAUGAGCCAGUUUUUGUUUGGAGUUAAUGCUCAUUCAUAUCUUGUUGGCUGCUGAUGAAUGGAAAUUUAAUAGUCAUUGUUCUGCAACUCUUAGUAAAAUCGCAUUAAAAACAUCAUGAACAUGGAA